AUGAAUUGGGCCGGAUUUUACUCCAUUCUGAGCGGUGUGAACCGCCAUUCGACGGGCAUCGGCCGCAUAUGGCUCUCGGUGGUCUUCAUCUUCCGUAUCAUGGUGCUGGUGGUGGCCGCAGAGAGUGUAUGGGGGGACGAGAAGUCCGCCUUCACCUGCAACACCCAACAGCCCGGAUGUAACAGCGUCUGCUACGACCAUUUCUUCCCCAUCUCCCACAUUCGUCUGUGGGCCCUGCAGCUCAUCAUCGUCUCCACGCCGGCCCUCCUCGUGGCCAUGCACGUGGCUCACCUACAGCACCAGAGAAGAAACUCUUACGAGUCACUGGCCACGACGACCCGAAGGAGCUGGCGGAGCCUGUGGUGGACCUACACGUUGAGCGUGAUCUUCAGGAUCAUCUUCGAGGUGGCCUUCAUGUACCUCUUCUACCACAUCUACCCCGGGUACGCCAUGAUACGGCUGGUCAAGUGCGGGGAAUACCCUUGCCCCAACACCGUGGACUGCUUCGUGUCUCGUCCCACAGAGAAGACCAUCUUUACUAUCUUCAUGCUGGCCACCUCUGGGAUCUGCAUCAUCCUGAACGUGUCUGAGCUCUUCUUCCUCAUCGGGAAGGCUUGCACCCGUAGGCGGCUCCGACACGAAGACUCGUACCGAGGCCACGAGAGCCGGCAGAACGAGAUGAACACGCUGCUCACCGUAGACAGUAUCAAAAAGGCCUCAGCAGGCCAAGAGAAAGGAGAGCAUUGUGCCACAUCCUAG